AUGGUAUCUGGUCGUGCAGUUACAUUACCUGAAAUGACUGAAGUGAAGAUCUUAACUCAAACUAUGAUGUCCUGCCAGCCAAAACAGCAUGAAUCAGAAGCAAAAAAAGAAAGGAUCAAAUACAGCAGAGAUUUCCUACUGAAACUUUCAAGUGUUUCUCUCUCGCAGAAGAAGCCAGAGUUUCUUCCUGAUCAUCCAAUUGUACUUGAAAAGCCA